AUGGCUGAUAAAGAAAGCUCCAAAAAGCCAAUUGUUAAUAACAACAAUAAUAAUUCUAAGAAAAAGAAGAAAAAGAAGAGAGGCGGUGCCAAGAGGAAAAUGACCCUUGAACAAACAGUGGCGUACAAAUCAAUCCGUGAAUGGGUUUUCUUGGACCGGUCUAAUGAUAAUAGCUUUAAUUCAAUGAGUCUUUUUGAUUCAGUUUUGGAUGAUUUUGGGGUGCAAUGGUACCAGCCAAAGGAAAAACUUAUCUUUGAAUUUCACUGUCACACAACAUGCAGUGAUGGAUUCUUGUCUCCUUCCAAGCUUGUGGAGAGAGCUCAUCAAAAUGGGGUCAAAGUACUUGCUUUAACAGAUCACGACACGAUGUCUGGCAUCCCCGAGGCCAUGGAAGCAGCACGCAGAUUUGGUAUCAAGAUUAUACCUGGUGUUGAAAUUAGUACAAUGUUCUCCACAAGAGGGGAGUUGGGACCAAAAGAACCUGUUCACAUUCUCGCAUAUUACAGCAGUUGCGGGCCAAAAAAAUCUGAGGCAUUCGAGAAGUUCUUAGGUAAUAUUAGGGAUGGACGCUUCAUCCGUGCGAAAAACAUGAUCUCAAAACUGAACAAGCUCAAGAUGCCUCUUAAAUGGGACAAUCUAAUCAAGAUUGCAGGAAAGGGUGUUGCUCCUGGGAGGCUUCAUCUUGCUCGUGCUCUGCUUGAAGCUGGCCAUGUAGAAAAUCUAAAACAGGCUUUUACUCAGUAUCUUUAUGAUGGUGGACCUGCAUAUUCUAUGGGAAGUGAACCAGUGUCUGAGGAAGCAGUGGAAUUGAUACGUGAAACGGGAGGUGUUGCAGUGUUGGCACAUCCAUGGGCACUGAAGAAUCCUGUCACCAUCAUCAGAAGACUGAAGGAAGCAGGACUACAUGGGAUAGAGGUUUAUAGAAGCGAUGGAAAACUAGAAGUAUACAGUGAUUUAGCUGAAGCACAAAAUCUUUUGAAACUUGGAGGAUCGGAUUAUCAUGGGAGAAGUGGUCAGCACGAGUCCGAGGUGGGAAGUGUGAGUCUUCCAGUGAUGGUGGUGCACGAGUUCCUUAAGGUGGCUCGGCCAAUCUGGUACAAUGCCAUCAAAGAAAUCCUUGAAACUUACGUAAAAGAUCCCACCGACACAAAUUUGAAACUUAUUACAAGUUUUGGACAGACGAAGGUUUCAAGGGGCAUUCCAACUUUCACCUCUGCCAGUGAUUUCAUAAAGCAAUAUUUAUCGACAUGGCUGUCAAAGGAAGAAAGAGAAAGCACAGAGUUUGAGGCUAUAAAAUUGGAGCUUUCCCAUAUUUCAAUCAGUCAAACAGAGUUGGAGGCUCGUGCAGCAAGUGCUGCGGUGGAAUCUAAAGCUCAAUUAGUUGGAAUCCAUGAGAGAGUGAGAAGCGAUGUUGAAAGCAACAUUGCCCAGAGUCAAAAUAAUGGUUCUGUAGGAAAUUCACAUGGUGUAAAGCUCGUGGCAACUGCUGGCAACCCAAAUAUAGAAGAUGCAGCAGAACUUCUGAGGUGUGGAAUACCCAAAACAUACUCUCAUUCAAGAGGAAUUGUCUGCCCUGGCUGUGGCGACCGCCCUCCCAUGGACACAGACGAGCCUGUCAAGAAGAAAGAAUCUACUAUUAAGGAUAAGGAAAAGAGUAAGAGGAUGAAGGGUCAAUCCUCACAUGCCACUUGGAAAAGUGAGACAGAAAUGCAACUCCUACAGCAGUUUGAUUAG